UCCAAAUCCAAAUUCCAAUCAUCUUUCUAAUAUUCACAAUUCAACGCAGCCCCGCACAUUAAAAUAUCGAAGCUUCGUCUUCUUUAUCACAUUCACCUCUCUUUCCGUUCUACGACCAUUCUCGCUUUUCUUUUCAAUUUAUCCUUUUCUUUCUCAAUUUAAUACACAAAAUUUAUAACAUCACCUCGCUUCGUUCUUAUCAAACCCUAAUUUAAUAUAAUUUAACCUAAUUACAUUAGCGUCUCCUUCCUCUCAAAUUCGAUAAACCAGAAGAAUUUCAACAACUCACGAAUUCGUCUCGAACGAGACUCCAUGCCACUGUGGUUCUCCACCAUUGCCCUCUCCAAAGAGGACUCUUUUGCUUUCGCCAUAAAAUUCGUAGUUUCUUUUCAGCCUAAGGAUACUCUCGUGCAAUUUGUCAGCCAUGUCCACUGAUUCACAUGCUCCUAAUCCAUAUCCCAGAGGUCUUCUUUGCAAUGCUGGUGCUGGUGCUGCCGCUGGAGUUAUUGCUGCUACGUUUGUAUGUCCUUUAGAUGUAAUCAAAACUAGGUUUCAGGUUCAUGGGUCUCUUCAGCUUGCUAAUGGAACUGUUAAAGGCAGUCUUAUAGUUGGUAGUUUGGAACAAAUAUAUCACAAGGAGGGGUUGCGUGGAAUGUACCGUGGGCUAGCCCCGACUGUUCUAGCCUUACUUCCAAACUGGGCUGUCUAUUUUACCGUGUACGAGCAGCUGAAGAGCCUGCUUUGUUCUGAUGAUAAAAAUCACCAUCUUUCAGUUGGAGCUAAUGUGAUAGCUGCUUCAGGUGCCGGGGCUGCAACUACUGUAGUUACAAAUCCAUUUUGGGUUGUCAAGACUAGACUCCAAACCCAAGGAAUGAGACCCGGUGUUGUGCCGUAUAGAAACACACUAUCUGCUUUGAAGAGAAUAGCUUGCGAGGAAGGCAUUCGUGGGAUGUACAGUGGCCUUGUACCUGCUCUGGCUGGUAUCAGUCAUGUUGCCAUCCAGUUUCCAACAUAUGAGAGAAUAAAAUUUCAUUUGGCAAAUAAAGAUAACACAACAGUGGAUAAGCUCGGUGCACGUGAUGUUGCAAUUGCCUCAUCAGUCUCCAAAUUUUUUGCAUCCACAUUGACAUAUCCUCAUGAGGUUGUUCGAGCCAGACUACAAGAACAGGGACACCACUCAGAGAAGCGGUACUCUGGUGUGUCUGACUGCAUUAGAAAAGUAUUUCAACAAGAGGGACUUUCUGGUUUUUACCGUGGGUGUGCCAUCAACCUCCUGAGGACAACCCCAGCUGCUGUAAUCACAUUCACCAGCUUUGAAAUGAUACAACGAUUUCUAGUUUCACUUUCACCUUCUGACCAACAGCCACAUAAUUUGUAAAGAUGAGCCCAAUUUAAAUACAUAUAAGUUAGUUCAGCUGACAAGUGAUUAAAAUCCCCAUUCUUUGUGAUUCUUGAUUAUUUAUGUAUGGUAGAAGGUAAAUUCCGCCUCCCCAAACGCAGUUGUGCAACUUAAUAGACUUUGUAGGUGGACAUAUAAAUGAUGAUGAUGAUGAUAAAUUUUUGAAGAAAAAACACAGUGCUACAUAUUUUAUUAUGGGACUGCUUAAUAA